AUGCGAGUGUUGAGUGAAUUCGCUUUGAUAUUAAUCAUAUUAGUUAGUAUCAUGUUCUCAACACUAUUUUCGAUAAUCGGUUUAUCAACACCUGGAUGGUUUUUUCAUGAAUAUCGUCAUUUAUUCUGUGAUCAAUGUUCAAAAGCGCCGAUCAAAAUUAUCAAUGAAAAUCAUGUUAUUUUCAUUCGAUGCCUGAUUCCUUUCUUACUUUGCCUAACAAAUAUCUUUUUAUUAACUUCUUUGGUCUCGUAUCUUAAUUUUGUCAACUCUACGCAUGGGUAUUCAUAUUAUUUAACAAUAAUUGCAUUUCUAUUUGCUUAUUUCGCAUCUUUAUUAGCAGUUUUUUGGCUUGCACAUGGUGGUUUAAUUUCUAAAACAUAUUCAAUUGAGAUCUUAUUAGACAAAUAA